AUGGUGGAGAGCUUAUGUGGAAUGAAGAUCGCCAGUCUUGCCCCCACUCACUUGGACGCAGUUCCAUGCUCUGUUUCUGGAAAAGGUGGUAUGUCUGUAGCUGCUUAUGAGGCUAAGCUCCAUGCUUUUUCUAGAUAUGCUACACAAUUGGAUAGUCAGGGAGCCACACCUUCGGCGGGCAGCAUGGCGUCUUUUGACCGCACUUGUUAUAAAUGUAGAGAACCUAGGCAUAUGAAGAGAGAUUAUUCCCACCCGCGCAUGGUUGACCCCGCGCAGAAGCAGACUAGAGCUGUGGUAAUAAUGGUAGAUGGUGUCCACAAGGUGGUCGAGGAGGGAAUCAGCAAGGCUGUGGAGGCUGGGGAAAUAGUAAUGCAGGUAGAAGAGCAGUGCAACCAGGCAAGGAGGUCACCUGUCAAGAUGACAGGGCUCAGUGUUAUGCCUUUCCGGAGUAAGGAAGAGCAUGCUGACUAUCUUCGCAUUGUUUUGGGUGUCCUUGGAAAACAAAAGUUGUAUGCCAACAUUUCCAAGUGUGAGUUCUGGUUGGAUUCAAUUGCCUUUUUGGGGCAUGUAGUUUCAAGAAAAGUGGUAAUGGUAGAUCCCCAAAAGAUUGAAACGGUUAGCAAUUGGGUCUGGCUCAGCUCUGUGACUGAAGUUAGGAGUUUUAUGGGGAUCGUUAGCUACUAUCGUCGGUUUGUGAAAAAGUUUGCUUCUAUUGCCACGCAUUUGACAAGGCUGCCUAAAAAUGAGUUGAGUAUCUCAGUAAAAUGUGGGGUGUUAGCUAGCAUUGAGGUUAGACCCACGUUCAUUGAGGAGAUCAAGGUCAAACUGUUUGAGGAUGGGAAUUUGAAUGAGCUUAAAAAGAAGACAGUGUCUGGUAAGGCACAAGAUGUGGUUCUUGAUGCGGGAGGUGUGCUUAGUUUUAUGGGGAGAAUUUGUGUUCCCGAGUUGAUGGCUUGA